AUGGAGUCCGAUUCAAACUCCGACGGAUCUCACGUCUCUGCAACUCCCCCAAGACAAGCAAGUCCACCGCCAUUGCCCUCACCGAGAAAACCACCUCUUCUAGUUUCCAAAAAAUCCAGAAUCAGAAUCAAACCCUCAAGAUCCAAAUCAGUCCCUUCCGGACCCCCCAAAAGCCCUUCGAAACCCGACCCGGUCCUGGAAGACCCUUUCUGCCUCCCUACACUUCCCUUCCAAAUUCGGCGACCCUCUGAUUGUGUUCCCGCGCUCUCAACUGAAAACCUCCCCGCCGGCUUCUUCUCCAAAUCCGCUUCCUUCUCGAAGAUUCGAAGACCCCUUGUUCAUCUAGAAGCUUCUGGAAUCGAUCCGGUUCUUAAUUCCGCGUCUAAUUCGGGCUCCAAAGUUGAGAGCGAGGAAGGUGGUGUUGAUGCUAGGAAGUUGGGGAAAUUCGGAAAGAAGCACCCUAACCUGAUUGGUGCUAGUGUGCCAAUGCCGAGUGUGAAGUUGCGAAAAUGCGGCGGCGGCGAAGGGAACUUCGUGAGGUUGAACCUGAAUGGGAAGAGAAAGAAGUUUGUGAACAAGGGGUGGAGGAAAAAUGGGAAAUUUCGUGGUGAUAAAAGGUACAAGAGAAGUAGUAGUAAAGGUAAAUUGGGACUUGAAGGGAAGGAUCAAGUGGAGCCGGGUUUUGAGAAGGAUAUUUUGAUUAGAGAAAGUGAACCUAAGAAGCAAAGGGGGUGUUGUAGGACAAAGGAGAUUGAUUGCAAUGUGUUGGAAGAGGUUGUGUCUGCAGCUCGAGUUGACCCUUCGGACGAGAACUUGGUGAACUUGCUGAAAUUGAUUUAUGGUUAUGAUUCUUUUCGAGAUGGGCAAUUGGAGGCAAUCAAGAUGGUUCUUGCUGGGAAAUCAACUAUGCUAAUUUUACCAACAGGUGCAGGGAAAUCGCUGUGUUAUCAGUUGCCUGCUGUGAUUUUUCCUGGGAUUACUCUUGUUGUUAGUCCAUUGGUAGCAUUGAUGAUUGAUCAGUUAAAGCAUUUGCCUCCUGUGAUUAAAGGUGGUCUUCUAUGCAGCAGUCAGACACCUGAAGAAGCCUCUGAAUCGCUCAACCAGCUUCGACAAGGUGCAAUGAAGGUGCUUUUUGUUUCACCAGAGCGGUUCCUGAAUGAAGAGUUUCUGUCUAGUAUUUCUGCUUUGUCAGCCAUCUCGCUUGUUGUUAUUGACGAAGCGCAUUGUAUAUCUGAAUGGUCUCACAAUUUCCGACCUUCAUUCAUGAGACUUAGAGCAUCUCUGCUUCGUAAAAAGCUUAAUGUAGGUUCUGUUCUUGCAAUGACAGCAACUGCUACAACCACAACUUUAGAUGCCAUCAUGUCUGCUCUAGAUAUUCCAUACACAAAUCUUAUUCAGAAGGCACAUUUAAGGGACAAUUUGCAUUUAUCUGUGUCUUUGGUCAGAAAUAGAAUGAAAGACCUACUGAUUCUGCUAAAGUCUUCUCCGUUUGCGGAAGUUCAAAGCAUAAUCAUAUACUGCAAAUUUCAGUACGAAACUGAUCUAAUUAGCAGAUACUUGAAUGAUAGCAAUAUCUUGGCAAAGAGUUAUCAUAGUGGUAUCACUGCAAAGGAACGCAGCUAUGUACAGGAGUUGUUUAGUUCCAACAAGAUCAGAGUGGUUGUUGCAACUGUGGCAUUUGGCAUGGGACUAGAUAAAAGAGAUGUUGGAGCUGUAAUUCAUUACAGUUUGCCUGAAAGUCUGGAAGAGUAUGUACAGGAGAUAGGACGUGCUGGAAGGGAUGGGAGAUUGUCCUAUUGUCACCUAUUUUAUGAUGAUGAGACAUAUUUCAAACUUCGGAGUUUAACGCACAGUGAAGGAGUGGAUGAAUAUACAGUGAACAAAUUUCUGCGUGAAGUGUUUCCUGCUGACAAAAGCUCCGGGAAAAUCUGUUCAUUAAUCAGAGAAUCUGCUUCCCGCAGGUUUGAUAUGAAAGAAGAGGUGAUGCUCACACUUUUGACACGCUUGGAGUUGGGCGAUGUGCAGUACUUGCAUUUACUUCCACACAUAAAUGCAACUUGUGCUUUGAUUUUUCAUAAGACUACCCCUUCGUUCCUUGCCCGAAAGGUUUCUGCUAUUGCUGUAAUUCUAAAACGAUCUGAAAAUAAGCAAGGGCAAUAUGUUUUUGACAUUCCAACUGUGGCAAAUGACAUGGGGGUCACAGCAGUUGAAUUAACAAAUCAGUUGUACGACCUGAAGAUGAUGGGAGAAAUAACUUAUGAAAUGAAGGAUUUGGCCUACUGUUAUAGGAUUGUUGAAAUCCCCCCAGAUUUUUUUUCUCUAUCAGCAGAUAUUACCAGAUGGUUAUCAGAAGUUGAAAGUUGUAAGGUACAAAAAAUGGAUGCAAUGUUUAAUGCUGCAUAUUUCGCAGUAAAUCUAUGUGAUAAGCUGCACGGAUGCAGUAGUGCCGAUCACACACCAUGCUUGCAAAGGAAAAUAUUGGAUUACUUUGCUGGAGUCGACAAUACUGAUUUCUGCAAGAAAAUUGGUCAAAGCAGCCCUUUCCUGCGGGCAGAUAUAAAGGUCUUUCUACAGAGCAAUUCACAGGCUCGAUUUACACCUAGAGCCAUUGCGAGGAUAAUGCACGGAAUUGCAAGCCCAGCCUAUCCUUCUACAACAUGGUGUAAAACCCAUUUCUGGGGAAGGUAUACGCAUAUAGACUUUAAGGCGGUGAUGGAAGCAGCAAAGGAGGAACUUAAGAAUAUUGUUGGAAAAGAUAUGCCCUAGCCAUUUAGGAUUGAUUUUACCAUCUGACAAAUUUGGAUUGGGGGUCCCUUACUCUAAAACCGAAUCCAAGAUCUGCAUUGAUCCAACGGGGACGUGAAUUAGUGAGUUCUGUGGCAUGUUAUUAUUGUCGUAUAUGUGGCGCCAGCACACGUCUGCUACCACAGGUUGAGACAGAAGCGAAAGGAAAAUUGAAGCUCUGCCUCAUUUUGUGAUAUUGAUUUGCAUCUUCCAAUUGGCCGUUGGGAUAGCAAUGGCAACAGGGUGGGAGGAAUCACUAGAAAGUGAUCCCUCGGCUGAAAAGGAUAAAGCAGAAGAUGAACUCAACCUUCAGUUUUUUUUUUUCCCUUUGUAGAAUAACACCCAAUAAGGGAUUAUGCUAUU